AUGGGUGAAAUGCCGUCGUCGGACACAUCAUCCGAUAGCUGGUCUGAAAGCGACACGGAUGAUUCUCUGUCCUCAACUUCUAUGGCAAAUGAAUGCUCUUCUUCCUCGGAGGGUACGAGUGAGCCUACGGAAGAAGAAGUUGGCUUAACGGCAGUAGUUGAGGAGGAAGUUCCAAGUCCUCGUGAAAGUUUGCGAAAGUGGGCUUUGCGGUCUAAGAUUCCGCAUUCCCACUUGAACGAUCUCCUCAAGGCUCUGAAACCGUGGUUGCCUGACCUACCUGCUGACGCACGAACACUGUUGGGCGCAAAAUACUUCUCUGCACCGAGCACGGCAAUGGUCAGCGGUGAGUACGUGCAUUUGGGUCUUCCCACUCAGGUUAGCGCUCAGUUGCGUAAUUUAGCUCUCCCCCCUGCGGUAGAUGAAGUCGUUGUGAGCCUAGCAAUAGACGGUCUAUGGAAGACCAAACGUGAAUUUUGGCCUAUUUUAGGCAGAAUUAGGAAGCCUAUAUUAAGUAAUGUCUUCACUGUAGGUAUAUAUUGUGGAGUAGGUAAGCCGUCGGACGUGCAGGCGUUCUGCAAACCACUCGUCGACGAUUUAAUGUCUUUGAACGAAGACGGUUUGCUGCUAGAUGGUGGUGACAGAAGUCUGCGCUUCCGUCUGGCUUCCGUCAUCUGUGACGCUCCAGCAAGAGCUUUCAUAAAGCAGAUUAAGAAUGUCAGUGCUUACUAUGGCUGCGAACGUUGUUGCGUUAAGGGGGAGUACAUCGAUAAGAUAGUUUAUGAUAGUGUUUCCGAACAUGCUAGGACAGAUGAGGAUUUUUUUUCCAGGGACGAUGACUGCCACCGCAUUGGCGUAUCGCCAUUGCUGGCAUGCAACGUGGGAAUGGUAAGCUCAUUCCCUUUAGAUCCUUUGCAUUUGGUUUACCUCGGUGUAAUGAGAAGACUGCUCAACUUGUGGCUGCGCAGCCCUAGGGGCAGUGCAUAUAGGCUGUCUACAUCGGAGGUAUCCACUGUAAAUAAGAACUUGCGCGCGUUGAACUCGUACCUACCGAGGGAAUUUUCACAGCGCGCUAGGUCAUUAAACGACCUGGACACGUGGAAGGGCACAGAACUGCGCCAAUUUUUGUUGUACACUGGCGUAGUUGUUCUUUAUGGUGUGCUUCCACGCAAGUUUUGGAAGCACUUCUUACUGCUUUUUACAGCAGUACGCUGCCUAGUGCGGCCUCGCUCUUGCAGACACUGGGUCCCGUUUUGUAGCCGCAUAUUACGCAUGUUUGUUGAUAAAUUUGCUUCUUUGUACGGUAGGAAAGAAAUGGUGUAUAAUGUUCACAGCAUUGUGCACUUGGCGGACGAUGUAAAACGACAUGGUCCGCUGGACGCUUUUUCAUCGUUCCCCUUCGAACGUUACCUAGGUAGGUUAAAGCGUCUGCUGAGGAAACCAUCCCAGCCACUGCAACAAGUAGUGCGUAGGUUAGGGGAAUUGCAGUCAGUGCCAAGUGAUGUCCACCUUCAGCUGGAGUGGACGUGUAAACAACACUAAGGAUGUGUUCAGUCAUCUCGGUCGGUUGGGGGAUGGUUCCCUCUUCGACUGUGUAUUUAGCUGAGAAGUAUCUGUUGAGUAAGUUUACUAUUUGUUUAUCAUUGGUUAUAACUUGCCCUAAUUCAUUAAUAAUAGUUCGUGGUCCUGACUGUCGAUGAUUACUCAUUAGUUUCUGAAACAUCUGAGCUGUUCGUUCGGGGGAUUCUAGUGCCCGAUGUUCUGCUGCUAUGGUCUUUUGUGUUUCCAUUUUCGUGACUAGGUCGUGAAUUUCCCUAAUUCGUCGAAGUGUGGAAAAAUAACUCACAGAGGGGUCGCGUAGAUGUUUUUGUAGCUUUUUUAGUUUAGUUGAAAGGAAGUUCGGGAUUGGUGAUUUCUCAUACGGGAGUCUUUCGUCUAUCAAGGUAUCUCGAAUAACAAAUAGGACAGAGUACAAUAGGUUAACUGCUUCCAUAGCGGAUGUUGUAAGAAGAUAUGGGCUCCAGUCCAAUGAUCUAAUAUAGUUGUUCAUGGAGUCCUCGUCAAGUUUUUUUGGGUUUAGGCGGGUGUUACCAAAAUGGGGUGCUAUUUUUGCGUUUAAGGGGAGUGUUGAUAUUAUUGCUUUGUGGUCACUUUCAAAGGUUGCGCAGUCGUAGUGCAUAUAGAGGGGCCAGAUAUCGUUGGUGAAAAUAACGUCUAGUAUAUUGAUUCCUCGGGUGGGUUUGUCAACUAUCUGUGUCCAGUUAUUAAAGAUAAUUGAAGACAAGAAUUCUUCGUGCUUGGUAGGUGCUGAUAAUUCGACCCAGUCUAUUUCUGGGCGGUUUAGGUCGCCUGUAAUUAUCUUAUAUUCAGUUUUUAUGUUAGCUAUAUUACUUAUUAAGAGGUUGAGGCUUGUGUCAUCACUACUACAUUCUGGAGGGGAGUAGAGGCAUCCGACUUAUAUGUUUUCCUGGGCAUGAGAUUUUAUUGUGGCAAAACACGCUUCUCCAGAAAAGGUUUCGGUUGGGACAUCAAUACCACUUUGCUCAAUGGUAGUUUUGAUGUAGAUAAGACAACCUCCGCCUCGUUUAUUAACACGGUCCUGUCGAUAGAAAUUAUAAUUUGGGACAUAUAGUGAAGCAUUCGAUAUAAGCUCAUUUGCCCAUGUUUCUGUAAUGCAAAUUACAUCGGGGUUAUAUAUUUCAACAAAAGUUCUAAGUUGGGACAUUUUGUUUUCAAUCGAUCUGGAAUUUAUAAGAGCUAUCUUUAGGAUGUUGGAUAUGGAAGAGGUGGGCUCUGGUGAAUAAAAGGAUUUCUGGGGGUACUUUGAGUGAGUGAUGGACUAAAUGGAGGUAGGUGUGUGAUUCUCGGAGGAUAUGGUUAUGCGUAUGGCGUAGUGUGAGUGCAUGGGCUAGUGUGUAUGGACUGAGGGUACAUAUGGGAAGGUGCGUUAACUAGGUGGUAAUUGUACCUAAAUGGAGUUUCAGUUGGGGAGGUGUAAAAGCCAAAGUAAUUUGAAGGGUUGUAAUUAGGUGGUAAGGAGUUUGCAAUGCUAGAGUGAUUUGGCUUAUUCCUAUGCCAUGCAGGUGGAUUUUGGGGAGUCGAGAUGCGGUUAGAGAAGCUUGUUUGUUUUUGGUUAGAGCUUGGUGGGCUUCUAUUUGUUAUGUCAACAUACCUAGGGCGUUUUGGUUGUGUUGGUGUGCUUAGUAAGGCCUUUUGGUUUAUGUGCCUUGUUUGGUAGUCGUUUUCUAGUACUGACUGAUCGGUCUUGGGGGAUGUAGUAAAACUUAUAGUGCUAUCUAAGGGUGUCACAUGACUCGGUCCGGGAUCUGCAUCAUCGUUUUGUUCUGGUUGAACGUUGUUAUUUUGUUGUGCCUUCCUCGUUUGUUUCUGACCAGAAGUUCUAACUGUUUUUGCAGUUGCGCGUUUUUUAUCAUGAGAACUAGAGUCAGACGUACUUGCUGGAGGUCCUUCUGCGGGGGCUGUGGGUUUAUCAUUUGGUUUGCGCUGGCCUGUGUAUUUCUUUUUAUUAGUGCUAGAAGUAGAAGUAGUGGCUAAAGGUUCAGUUGAGGGACCGGAGUGCUGAUUAUCGUAUUUGUAGCUGGUGUCUUUUUCCCGUAGUUUACGUCUUUGCAUAGGUGUCAAAUCUGGACCUAUAAACGAGUUUAGGUUCCGCAGAUUUCUGUUUACUUGGGGAUUUUGUAGGACAAUCUCAGCUUCCGCCUGUGAGUAGAAUGUUACUAAGACGGGUUUGUUUUUGCUUCUGGAGUGAAGUCUUUUAGUGUUAGCUACUCUGAUAUUUAAGCCACACGAGUGUAUAAAAUUUUGAAUUGAUGGCAUCGGAUUAACAGUGUGGCGUAUAUUACGGAUAAUUAAAUUGAGCCUGCGCUUCGAUCUAUCCGCGACUUCUGACGAAACUAAGUGUAUAAUCAAUUCAAUUUUUGGUAGGCUCGUUAGGUUGUUCGUGAAUCUAUUUGAGUCUGUUAGUGAAUCGAGAAUCGUAAAAAUAUGUUCAUGUUACUCGAUGAACUUCUGUAAACGGACGAUGGCGAAAGAUCUACUUUGUCAACAGCAAACGUAACAUCAGUCAUGGUUAAAUGGGGAGAGUGUAAUGGAUUUAUGUGUUAUUUUCGACAGCUAAUAAAAAUCGACGCAAAAUCGACAGAGAAAUAUGUCAAAUAUUUCAGUUAUAAAUGAAUUUCAACUUAUCUCGAGUCUAAGGAUUUUGAACGGUUGUGCACAAACGGGCUCGUUAACCGUUAUUUUGAUAUCUCUGAUUGUGACUUACCAAUGAAAGUUUCCUGCUCUUGAUACAUAUUCGCCAUAUUAAACAUAUAUAGAACUAUAUUAGGUCAUAGUAAACAGUCGACCACUACUCCUAUAAUUUCACAUUAACAAGAACAGUAUGAUACAUGAUUCAAUAAUAUUUUGACAGUUUUGAUUGUGACUUACCAUUGAAUGCUUCUUACUCCUGAUAUAUAUUAAUCUUUUCCAGCUCUUAGUCCAGACAACGAUGGUAAGCCUCCUGAAAAACACGUAGGAACUGUGCGACGGCCCCCUUACAGCUGGCCAGAUAGACUGACAACCAGCAACUAGAGCACACCGAAAUUUACCCAACAGAAAAAUAAUUUCAAGGUCAGGCCGAUAUCAAAGUUCUUCAAUUGCCAUGAAGGACAUAUUAUUCAUGCUCCGUAAAUCUACCAAACUGCAAACUCCAAUUUUUAUAUUGUACAUAUCGUUAUUUUUUGACAAUUUUGUUAUCAUUAGCCCUUAGAACUGAGGUUUUUUUAACUUAAAACAAACUCUCAAUUCACGCUCUUUUGGCUAACCAGACACCCGAAGCAAAUGAAGUCAAAGUGCAGUUGAAAUUGGCGAGUUUGUUUUAGGUUUUUUUCCUGAGUUCAAAGGAGACUGACAGUGCCCAAGGGGCGCUACAAUAAACCUAUUCUAAUCAAGCCAAAGUUGCCAUCUCUACACCACUUUUGCAAAGCAGAUACUCAGGGCAGAAGGGGUUGAAUGAGAUGAGAUUCCUCAACCGGAUCGAAGGCCUCAAUGCAAGCACCGAUGAAUGCCUCUUGUCUUUUGAUGUCGUUGCGUUAUUUUCAUCUAUACCGUACGAUUUGGCAAUUGAAUGCGUAGCCCAACGGUAACAAGACGAUCCUGUUGGUAUCCCAACGCAGCACGUCACAGACCGCUCAAACUCUGCCUUAAGAAUUAUUGUAAUUUAGACAAUAAGGGCUACCAACAGGUGAAAGGAAGUCCACUGGGCUCCCCAAUAUCCGGCCUACUCGCCGAACUAGUGCUACAGCGACUGGAACAUGAGGUUUUUCAAACUGUCAACCCCAAUUGUGGCUGCGCUAUGUCGACGACACCGUUGUCGUUAUAAAGAACCGCGAAGUCAAAAGGCUACAUUAGAGACUGAGUAAUGUCUUUCCAGCCUUACAAUUUACCCGCGAAGAGGCAGUAGGAGACAGUCGGUCGUUUCUGGGCGUAAAAAUACAAAGGCUGGACGACGGUAAUCUCGGAACCAGCGUCCAUAGAAAAGGGUCUGAUUCUGAGAUCAUCCUCAAUUAUGAAAGCAAUCACCCUGCGGCUCAUAAAAGAAGCAUCAUCCGAACUCUCUUCCACCGUGCCUACCGUUAUUGCAGCAAUGACGAUCUGCUUAAGAAAGAACUAGGUUACCUAUAUCGGCUAUUUCGAUCCAACGGAUACCCGAUCAGUUUUGCAAAGAACUGUCUCAGGCUUCAGGCACAACUUUGAGGUCCCUCCUCAGAUGUAGAAACCGUGACCCAGAAAUUCUUCUCCCUGCCCUACAUGCAGGGUACCUCAGAAAUGAUCGACAGCGAAAUCAGUUCGGUAUCCGCGUUUCCCACAAGCCUGCAUCCUCGCUGCGCACAAUCUUAACUCGAGUAAAGGAUUUUAUCCCCAAAGAGGAACAGACUAUCAUCAUCUAUCGCAUCUCGUGUGCCGAUUGCCCCAGCGUAUUUGUUGGUCAUACAGGACGACGCCUGGGAACUUGAAUUAAGGAACACAAACUUGCUAUCCGUCGCCGUGACCCACCGUCCCUCGUCUUUGCACACGCACUCCAGUGCGACCACCGUUUUAAUUGGGAUAACACCGAGGUCAUCGCCACGGCCAACACAAAACGCGCGAUAGAAUUCCUAGAGGCAUGGCACUCUAACGCUGACAGCAUCAACCGCCACGUUGACCUAGACGCCUAUAAUGAGGGCCUAAGAUCUCGCUUCACUAAGCCGAGCCCCACGCCGCAUCAGCGGCCGCUAAUCCAGGCGCCCGCAGUUCUGCCAACCUGCCGUUUUCCCUCCCCUCUAACACGGGGAGCCGUUACUGUUCUCUCACCCCCUUCCUACCCUCCUGGCAACAGCCCAGCAUGACUCCCUACCCGCAUCCCUCCUCACACACUAAUGGUCCGCCCGUCAAUGUUUGUCCUGUCGCGUCUACUAGUCUAAUGUGACUGUCCCACUUUCUCUUUUAUUUUCAUUGGUGUCAACAAUUCGAAAAUUCAGGAGUACAAUUCGAUUUUUCCGAAGAACCUCUUCCUUUUUCAUUAUAUCGGAUCAGAAUGCCUACCACUUCUACUUUACUACAUAAAUGUAUAUAUAUGUAAGAUCACACACGCAUUGGUAUUGAAGCUAUCCUAGAAACGUUUGUCUUAAUCGAUUCAUAUUCGCGAAGAGACAAACAGCGCUAAUUGUGCACGUUUCCGAGACUGGCGCAACAGCUACCAAUCAGAAUUAUUAACGAUGCAAAACAAUCAGCAAGAGGCUAUCUGUGCUAAGAACACCAUUCUCCAAUUGACUGACGUUUGCAAAAGCAAUCCCCUUAUGCAACCGUUUUUCCUUUUUUACUAGGCUUCGUUUGCCCUCGAGGGUUUUGAAUGCGGCUAAAAUGUUGGCUUGCCAGUAAUACACGUCUCAUUUGAGCCCACGGCAUGGGGGACUUAAUGCACCAGCUGCAGUGGGCAGGCGGCGCAAUGACGAUUUUUUCUCAUGCAUCACGCGCAUGGGACCAAGGUCUAACUUUCCUUCCGUUAGUUACUGUUCAUGCGCGCCUAAUGGCGUUGAUUUGCAAGUUUGACCACUAUAGACAGCACUACAGUUGACACAGGGUAUUUUAUAAAGGGCCACUUUUCUAUCUAACUUGAUUAUUUUAUCAUUUGGAUCAAAGCAGUUGCGCUUUGCCCAAGUCGCGUUAUCCUGGAUCUCAUCUCUCUGCGUACAAAACGUAUUUUCCGUUAGGUAAAAUUCGUCAAGUGUUCGAAUUUAACAUCCAGUUGGCGUAUUUAUGCAAAUACUUCUUUCUUUGUGUCUUACUGUCUGCCCACAAUGUUAGGCAAGUGGAUUUAUUGGGGAUAAAUAUGUCAAAAAUGGACUCAUCAUCUGCUCCUUUUUCUUACGUCGAUUCAUACACUCCGAUCUCGUUUAAUCGGCCUUAGAGUUGUCACGCUGUCAGCGACAUACGGGCAUUUUUUUUAUAAUCAUUGCCGCGUACUAUUUCCUGCGAUUAGCUCAUGUAUGAAGUAGUUCACCAGUCUUAUGAUAUACGAGGAAAUGCAGGAAUAGAAGUUGUUUACCAGCCUUCGUUCCCAAAGUUAGUUCAAAUAUGUGAAAUAGAGUGUUUGAUAUGAUAUGAAGCAGUUUUAUUGGUAUUUUUUACCGAUAUCAGCUAAGUCAUUCAAAUCUUUCAGCCACAAUUUUGGGCUGUUUGAAUUAAUGCGACAUCUGAUGAAGGAAGCCAUACGAGUACCAUCUUGUUGCUGAAUAUGAAGAAAGCAACCGCGACGCUCACAAAUGUUUAGACCUAGAUUAAUAAUAAUAUCCUCAGAUAAGAAUACGGGGAAGUACUCCGCAGUUCGAAGCAGCACCGACAAGCCGAUACACGUUUCCUACGGCACCUUCGGCUUAAAAGUUGUGUAUGAUAUCUUAAACAGGUCGAGUAAGUCAUCGUUUUGCCAGACGGCAAACGAUAUUCCACCAUAAAUUUUCAGGUUACAUGACACAUGCACAAAACCAGCAUUUCACUUUAAAGUUCGGUCUUCUUAACUAAUGUACCGUGAUUCAAGAUGCACUCGAAUGCGUUUAAUUGGAGAGCACAAAUUAGUCCUUAGAUGAAAUAAAUGAGGGUAAAUGGAAGUUUCCCUGGAGCUCAAUAUUAACUAUUGGCCACUACGGUCACGCAGUAGCCAAACGCACAGAUGUAUUGCGGGCAGCCAUCAUGGCCAAUCUGGUGCCAUUGUCCAUGGACGGGCUGCCUAAAAGGCCUUCACCCAUUGCAGUAAGCCAUUCCAGACGCGCGUACCUGAAGCCACGCGACACAUUUCAGCUCCGACAUACUUUCAUCCACGCAGUCGCGGCUGUACAUGCGACCACUUUAACGCACCGCCCAAACGCCUGCGAGCACAACCUAAGCCACUAAGACCUCAACCCUGGACAAAUGCAACACACUCCGAUUGAAGACCACCUGAGCUUGGCCUAUUUGCGCACAAAAGCGGCCGUCGCCAUUGUCUGGAGGAUUCAUAGACAUGACUGAACGCAGCCAACACCAGCCCUAGCUAUGCCGGCGGAUUCUGUACAUAACAAACCCCUCAUUCUGGUAGAUAUUGCCUUUUCCUACAACUCAACACUUGACCUGAUGACAGUAGCGCACAGAGUUCACGCCCUCACCACUGAGGCAUAACAGACGUAUUGGUGUGUCAUCGAUACCAAUCGUAUGUCACAUUUAACUGAAGGCGUGUGCUAAACCAUUGCCAGCAAUCCAUAACCCUCGCAGCCUAGUAUGCGCUGACAGUUCCCUGACAUCCGGUUACCAGCCGGUAGAUGUGCUUGCGCUCCCGCUGGGUAUACAGGUGGUGGGCAUGGCUGCCCAGUCAUCUUCGUCCUUCUGAUCCCCGUUUGGUUGUUGUUGUUGUUGUUGGUGGUGGUGAUGGUGGUGGUGGUGGUGGUGGUGGUGGUGAAAAAUCCUCGUAACGUGCAUGUCGUGGACCAGGGCGUGUGGAGUGGAACGCCUAGGUGUGGACCCGGCCGUGCCAGCUGCAUGCGCCCUUGUAUGUAUCCAGUCACCCCAAUUAUAGACGGUUUCAGCAAACUAGUGGUCGUUCCUGAACCUUUUCUCUUACUGUCAGUCGGGAAUUCAACUUUUCCCCGUUCGACCGCCCACAAUGCGACUUCCUGAGACAGCUGCAUGCGGAAACAAUGGCUGUGGCAGACUUCAGUCUGUCAGACAGAAUACCGAUCACAUCUCAAAUAGAUGGGAUGUUGGCAUCCAUCCCACGGUCCUCACCGUCGAUCUUUGCAAAAGUUCCACUUACAGGACGUGUAUGGCAAGCGUGGGCAGAUUGUUCGAUUCUGCAUUUGGUCUUCUUGACUGUGUGAGAAAGGACGUGUGCAAGACGCUGCAGCUGACAAAGUUCUACGUCAUCACAAUCGUAAAGCUCAGGACCAAACAACCACACCGGACUUAAGAAGGCCCUACGGAGAUAGCCUGACGCUGAGGUUACUCGGUGGGGAAGAACAAGAACCGCCAGACCGACCGCCCGACAGAGGUUCAAUCAGCUGCCCUCGACGGAGUGGUGACACACAAAACCCACAGGCAAAACGCCCGUCAGCCAGGCAGCGAGAGGGGGGGAAAAUCGAUCAGUAUUAGGGCUGGCCAACACAAUGGCCACUCUCAAUUAAAUUUCUGAUCGACUAACUACAUUUCACGCCUUAAAAAUGAAGAGCUAACCCAGCUCUUUCAAACGUCAGCAGUUAAAUAAACCUGUUCCGGAGAGCCUAUCUUCUUCUUUUUCUUCCUCUUCUUCUUCUUUUUCUUCUUCAAAUAAUCUUCCCGGAUCUCUCAAGUUUGCCAAUCUAAAAAGCCUGUCGCUCCGUGGACGGCGAGUCCAUUUUAAAGUGACCUCCAUGUCCUUUGCGCCAACAUGAGAUCUGAUCGUUCACUUUCUUGUUUUCGUGAAGAUCUUGUUUAUUGUGUGGAAGCACUCGGUCUUCUUGACUGCGUGAGACCGCACCCAGAUAGGUAAGAGAAGAGGACGUGUGCAAGAUGCUGCGCAAUACUACCACCAUUCAAAACUAAUUCACGCUUACGUCACCUUUCCAAUCCCCGACACACUCUAAGACAUCCGGUUAACAUGGCCGUUAGCAACGGUCGAAUUAUCAUGUGCAUUUCGUCAAGUGUUAAGCCCAACAACCAGCUGCAUCAGCAUCUGACAAAGGACAUAUGUAAAUAGCGGAGGAGCAGAGGUUGAAAAGUAGGCGCACGAAUGCGACAUCCGAAAAUAAAUAUUUUAUCCGUCGAGAAUGCAUUUGACUUAAUGCUGCACUGCACGAAGGUAGCCAAGUCUGCCAUGUUAGUUCCCUACCUUGUUAAGCGGGCUUUCUCUGCCUUUGAUGACGACUGCUUCGCUAAGGUCUGUCAAACGUUUGUGCGGCCGCAAUCGGAAUUUUCUAUCCACGCUUGGGGACUCUGGAUCGCGAAGGACCUCUGCAUCCUUGAAAUGGUUCAAAGGCGUGCAACGAAAUGUGUGACAGGACGGGGUUCACUACUAUAUGCAACGCGGUUAGCUUACCUUGAUAUCUUUGCAUUGGGUUACAGGCAGUCACUGGGUGACCUGAUACAUACCUUCUGUAUCAUACGCGGUCAGAAUCGCAGACUUUUACCGGACGAUUUCUUCUAGAUGGCAACCACCACAAACCUACGAGGUCAUCCAUUCAAUCUACGUGUGACCGGGCCAGAAUGGACACACGAAAGAUCCCUUCUAACAGAGUACUUGGAGAUUGGAACGCUUUACCUCCGGAUGUCGUUAUGUCUUCUUUCGUCGGGGUCAUUAAAGGAAGCUGGAUUUGUAUAGCAGUGUCCACUUAAUUACCACCCCACCUCUGUUACCUUGACAAAUACCGUUGUUAUAAUACUACUUGCUAUAUUUCGGCGACAUUUUUAAAUCGAAUUUCUUAUUGUCUCCAACCCACCGCCUACGCUUACUGACAUGCACCUAUGCAACUUUUGUCACCGUGGAUAUUGAUUAUUUUUCUGGACUCGAAACGGCCGCUGUAAUACUGCUCGCAACACUAACACUCGAGUCAGUUUUGUCAUCUUUACAGAGUGGGCGCUUUUCCGAUUAAUUGUUACGUUUAUGUUACAUUUUCCAGUCUUUGAGAUUUCCCAGUUGCUUGAAAAUAAGUAGGGAGUUCUAAGGUGAAGACCUCCAUUUCCCUCAAUAAAACUGAACUGAACUGAAAGGUUUUUGGAAGGGUCUCUGUCAGACGUCCAGCUUUAAUAAAACGCAGCUACCACUUUUGGUUUCAGCAUGCUCUGACCAACUCACCUCAGUUCAGGCAGCACUGCGUGCCUAAUCUGAGCCGCUAUAAAAAGUGUCAUUUGCUUGCUUGAUUCUCUGCACACCUGCCAGACAGGUUCUGAUUUGGCUAGCUACACAAGCGAUGCUCUCUAGAUGAGUACUUUGAUGUUAAUGGCUGGGGAGUCAGAGUCCUUGGUCGAUGAAUUUGGCACCAUCUUCUAUCACGCUUUAAGUAACCGUCUUGGCUCCAAGUGGCAAUGGAGGAUCGGCUUGCAUGGACCUCACACUCCGCACGUGCCGAGAGCUAGAAACUAACACAAAACUGAGUAAACAGGCAUAUUGUUUUCAAAAAAAACUCGCUGAAUGCGAGACUUCGGCGAUAUAAAAGCAGAAAUCAGUUUUCACAGCUCAGCACAUCCUCCCUACCUCCAGUGUUCACAGAUGAAGCGCCGUCUUGCCGGAGCGAUUUCCUACAUUCUACUUAACGCCAUCGUCAAUGGUUUGUGCAUUUUUAUGUUAAAUUUAAAUCCAGUAGCACGCCUCUCUUAUUUAGCACAGCAUUUCCGACGAAACCAUAUAGUGUAUUCUGAGUAGAAAUACCUUCACUGACUAAUGUACAGUAUUAUAGCAUUUUGAUUGCCUUUCACUGUCUACGAAAGUGCAAACUCCGUAUUUACUUACAGGUUGUUGUUAACUGUGAAAAGAAUAAUGCUUCGAAAGAUGAUAGUUAUUACCAAACCUAACUUAGGGUGCGUAUUUUUGUAACUGCUACUUUAGGAAAUUUUGCGACAUGCAGGAUCGUGCAGGCGAAAAUAUAGUUAGCUUAUUAGAUGCUGAUUUUCUUAAUUUCUUUGAUUCUCAUUAGAACAGAUGCUGAAAGAGCGCAUGUUUCAAAUGACACAUCUGAUUUCCACAUACACUCGUGACGUGAAGAGAACGAUAAGCUAAUGAAAUUAAACAACUAAGACUUGAAAGUACCCGAACUAUAUCUUAGAAUCCUAACAAGGCACUGCUAUAAGCUCUCUAUGACAAAAUGGCAUGUUUUAGUCACCUUUCAGUUAAACAUUCCAUUCAGGCCAUUUUACUUAUCCAAAACGCAAUGCUUUCAACAUCCACUUUCUCAAAAUACAUUUCGUGAGCACCAUCAAUUUAAAAGUAAAUACAGGUCGCAGCUGGGUAACGGAAUUAAGUAAACUCCGGAAGAUAGGCUGUUUUCCGCAAUUUCAUUAAGUACCGCUUCACGCCAAUCCGUAUUGUUAAAUAAGAAUUAAAUUCAAAUACGUCUCCGCAGGUCUGGUGAGAGCUUUCGAAAUCGAGCGUGGUUUUCCAGCUGCUUGCGGGGAUCCUGCCAUUCAAGGUGAAUUCAAAGAGCUAGCCAGUAUAACAAAAAUCCGCCCAACGCCCCACAGCUGGCCUUGGCACGUAAGCAACCAACGAUUAAGUAAUAAUGUCAUUCCUCAAUCAAAUGUUUAAAAAUAGAAGCGAAGCGACAUACUUCUUUUUAAUUGAUUUGAUUCGCACAUUCAAAAUAAUAUCUUUAUACGAGAGCAUUCACAUUAUACAUCCUUCAGCAGACAAUGAUACUGAUUAAUAAACCUUACAAACCAAUCACCUACGACUGAAAGGGGGAAAGCAUGUGUCGUUUUUAACUGUCGCCUUAUGACGUGAAGUCUCGCAAAACCCCAUUUACUUGGAUCGCGGCAUAAAAGUAGCACAGAUUAUUCACUGGAUCAUUUUAAUCUGCUAGAAUUGUCAUAUGGCUUAGUAACCAAACAUAGCGUAUUGAAGGGGCGGGCAUUUCCGUAACUUUGUAAUCAGUGGUUUUGAUUGGGGAUCAAAAAUAAUAGAAGGGUUCUGAAUGUGACAACGCUUGUGGCUGAGCUAUGUAAUCUGACGGAUGCAAAAUGAGUGCAAAGCAGCAAAAAGCUGGCUUUGAGCGUACGCAGAGGUAAUAAAUAAUAAUGGCAAACUAACUGAAGGCUUUAAACUUUCACACAGAUAUGGCAAUCCUUCGUCUUCCAUAGCUGUUCUAAACCAUUUGCAAAAAUGCGACACGAGAGAUCUGUCCUCACGUUUAGGGCAAGGGAGUGACGUUAGUUAUGUCGUUCCCGCGAACUAACGUACUACGGCUUACUAACCUCAUAAACGGAGAGAGGUUAGGAAGGCCAGUACGUGAAUAAAGUUAAUAUUCAAAAUGUGCAACGACCUGACCAGAGAUCACGCAAGCGGCGCGAAGCUUACAGGCGACGGAGUCCUCGUAACGUUAAAACAAAUGCUACAGUAAAACAAACGUGACAAGAUUGUCAAAGGUCAAGUAGUCAAGUACUUCAGCACAGAUGCACCAUGCUUGCAGAAUCAAGUGAAGACGAUCUGAGUACUGCACGCCGAAUCGGCCCCAUUGGGAUUAAAUGUCUAACAGUUUUUCCUCUUUUAAGGUGGGUUUAUGGUCGCCGCUGUUUGGUGAUCGGCCGUACUGUGGUGGAACAUUGAUCAGUCGCUCCCUCAUCUUGACUGCGGCACAUUGCGUCCACGAUGCAAUUGGUUGCAGAUAUACUCCAUUUGACGGAUUGAUCGACAUGACCAUUACGUCCGAGUAUCCGCUGUAUGUGCUGAUUGGUGCUCAUGAUUACACACAAGCUGAUCUUUCUCAGCAAUUGCGACGCGUGCAGUAUGUAGCCAUUCAUCCGAAAUACAAUGCAACCGCGUUUGGUAGUGGCUACGACAUCGCAAUAUUAAAGCUGUUCGAGCCUAUUAUUCUAGGUAAUGUUUUGCACUACUGGCCUGAAAUUUUGCUAAAAUUAUUAUAAACUGCUGUAUAAAUAGUGUCGCUUUAUUACUUCGGUUCUCAUCCGAUAGCAAUAUCAGCAGUGAUUUCUGCUCGUAGAUUGAAGUACGGCUUAGCCUGCUGCCGUCGUCUGCUUUCUCCUUUAUCUUCGUGUAAAUUAUAAUGUCCUUCUUUAGAGAUCACAACAUUUCAUAUCUGUCAGCAUAAUUUUCACUUAAACUUGUCAAGAUGAGCGUGUGUCGCUGAUUUGUUUUCCGAGCGGACGCCGUGAGCUGCCACCAGGCUAUCCCUGCUACUUCGUCGGUUGGGGAACUAUGACUACGCCCUGGUCAAAUGGAGAAAGGAGAUUUCCAAAGACUCUGAGGGAGGCCAUAGUCAAAAUAGCUUUGGACGAACGUUGCACGCAAGAAUACGGCCGCCAGUAUGCAGAUAGCAAUUCAUGCAUAGAAACAAUAGGCCAGGUAAUUCAUGAGGGUUGUUCAAGCGCUGACAACGAUUUUAACAAUUUACUCUUGAAAUGCACAGAUGCAUAAACCCUGUAAAAAGCAUUUUUUUUCUGCAUGGCAAACGCGACAAUGAAAAAAGUGACUGCGUUUGACAUUUCAGUCACACAGCGGCAGAAUGUCGAGGAAACCCGUGUCUGGACUUUUAUUUAUGUAGGGAGUACUGUAUAAUACUUGUGCCGUCUACAUAUAUAGGUAUGGAUAUAUGCAAAAAUUCCGACCCAGGUGUUAAGAUGGAAGGGCUAAAUGAGGCAAUCUCUGGGGAAGAAAGUUUAUUCGUCUGACUUUUCGUACUCAUACUCGAACACAUCAUCGGAGACAGGCCAAAUGGGAAAUAAAUGGUGUCAAUAUGUCAUUCGCGCCCGCGCCUGAUAGGUCGAUCCCGCACUCCUCUUAUUGGCCCUCCUCUCGCACGCAAAUGGUGCCUGAUGGAAUCGUAUGACGCUGGUAGGUCAAUACUGCGAUUGAUCGAUUUGGCGUCUGAUUGAUCGAAAUGACCACUCCAGUUUCCCUUGUCUUUGUCGGUAAUAGCCUCUUGCCUAGUCGUAGUCUUGACGCUAACUAUUAGCUAAAUUAUAACGCCAGCACUAAACCUAAUACCAGCCUAACACUAACCAUGGUAGCUUCCAGCGCGUCCAAUAGUUUAUAGUGAGCAAAACGCGCUCACACGUCAAAGUCAAUUUUUAGUCCCAUGCCGAAGUCCCAACCAAUGACAAGGCAGCAGUUGGCCAGACAGUCUAGAAAUUUGACGCGGUAACUGACGCCUGACGGACAAACGACUGCGCACGCGCGUGCAUGAGCACGCCUUAGCCGCUAAAUUAAUGAUGUACGCUCGUACGUCGCCAAGCACAGUCUAGAAAAUAUUCACGUGUUCGAGUUUGACGGCGCCCAAGUGCUCGGCCGAGCCGAAAGCAAGCUGGCGAGAGAAGACAUCAAAGCCUGACAAUCAGACGUCAACUCGAUCAACCGCAGUAUUGACCUACCAGCGCCAUACGAUUCCAUCAGGCACCAUUUGCGUGCGAGAGGAGGGCCAAUAUGAGGAGUGCGGGAUCGACCUUUCAGGCGCGGGCGCGAAUGGCAUAGUUACACCAUUUCUUUCCCAUUUGUCCUGUCUCCGAUGAUGUGUUCGAGUAUGAGUACGAAAAGUCAGACGAAUAAACUUUCUUCCCCAGAGAUCGCCUCAUCUAGCUCUUCCAUAUAUAGGUAUAUAUCUGUUAUGUUGCCCACAAAUGAAGCAUUUCUAUGGUGGUUUAUUUUUUAUGCACUCUUUCUACCGAGCCUUAACCUUAAAGUACCUUUUAUACACUUUAGAUUGCAGGUCCUGGAGACAGUGGCGGCGGACUAUUCUGUCCUUCAGCGAAUAAUAAAGAUUGGUUCUGGUAUGGACUGUUAGAGAGCCUAGGAUCGACCAGGCCUUCAGACUAUGUGAUCGUCAGCAAAGUCAAAGCUGUCCACGAAUGGCUUAAACUGACUGCCAUAUCCCUGGGCCUGUAA